AUGGUAUACACUAUAGUAGUCCAUCUUCAAGCUCUUCCCGAAGCUGUGGAAGAAGUCAAAGCUAAAUUGAUCGAAGCUGCUUCAGUAUACAGAAAUGAUAAAGAGACACUCGAUUGGCAUGUGAUGCAGGAUCCUAAAGAUCAGACUAAAUUCUGUAUAGUAGAGAGAUACGAAAAAGAAUCUUCCCAAGAGUAUCAUUUGAAUAACCCCACAUUCGAUCCUUACGUCGUACCUAGAUUAGCUAAACCUAUGGAUCUUACACGAUGGGAAGAGUUGUAA